UAUUCUAGUCUUUAUACCUUUCUUAUACACCUUGUUUAAUUUUUGUAAUGGUCAAAAAUAAAUUUACCUGACUAAUUUUUUUUUCCCUCAAACUGAAUCCCAAUAUCUAAAAUUAUUUAACUUUCCAAAUAACAUUCUAGUAACAAUAACGAUGAUAAGGUGUAAAUUAUCUCAAAAAUAAAUUUAUAAAUUUGGAAAUUUAAGAUAUAAAGAUCAGAGUAUAAUUUUUUGGUUACAAAAAUACAUUAGUUUCCAAAACAAAAGGAUAAAGACUUCCAAAAAAAAAAAGGUCGGUUUGUGUGAUUUUACUCACCUCAUUGGCAAACAUUAUAAAAAAAUUAUAAAAUAAUCGUGUAAAAAAAAAAAGCAUAAUUCAACUAGAAUUUAGUUAAAAAAAAAUAAUAAUAAUAAAUAAAUAAUCUAUAAAUACCAACGAAGUCUUCCCAAAGCCUCAUCAUUAAUUCAUAUUCUUUCAUACUCCCAACAAAAAUUCUCUCUCUCUCUCAAAUCUCUUAGCUUUUCUGAACCUUAAAACAGUCAACCUAAUUACUUAAUUAGCAAUGGCAGCAUCAACCUCUUCUUCAUCUUCGAACAAGAAGGUAACCCUAAGGAGUUCCGAUAAAGACACUUUCAACGUCGACGAAAAGGCAGCAAUGCUUUCUCAAACCAUCAAGAACAUGAUCGAGGACCUCGGCGACAGCACCGAUCCCAUCCCGCUGCAUAAUGUCACCUCUAAAAUUCUCGCUAAGGUUAUCGAGUAUUGCAACAAACACGCUAAUGAUGAUAACUCCGAAUCAUCUAAUAAUGAUGAACUCAAGCAGUGGGAUAAGGACUUCCUCAAUGUCGACCAAGACACCCUCUUUGAUCUUAUUCUUGCUGCUAAUUACAUGGAUAUCAAGAGUUUGCUGGAUUUAACUUGUCAAUGUGUGGCUGAUAUGAUCAAGGGAAAGACACCCGAGGAGAUAAGGAAGACCUUCCACAUCAAGAACGAUUUCACACCCGAAGAAGAGGAAGAAGUUCGCAAAGAGAAUCAAUGGGCUUUCAAGUAAAACUCAAGCAGCAAUGGAAGCAAUUAAGAACAACUCCAUCUACCAAAUUCCAAAAUUAUUGUUUCUAAUUAGUUUAGUUACUCGCUAUGUUUAUUUACAUUUGUUUACAUUUGUUUGUUUAAUGUUUUAGCACUAUGUUUAUUGUCUCAUUGAAGAACUAAUCACAGUGUUUAGGAUU